UGUCCCCUCUAGAGUACCCACAGAUAGUCGUUGCACCGAAUAAAACAUCUUUAGUCACGGCAAAAAAACCGUCACGCUUUAACUAUAAAGACCACGGUACUUAACAACAAAAGUAAUUCAUAAAUAACAAUGUUUUCAAUGUCAGGAAAAUUAUUAACAAUCAUUCAUUUGGUGUCUUUGUGACUUGAAGCAAUAGUGUGCUGUGUUAAUUAACCCUUUCACGGCGUUUUAUGAUUUGUGGCCGAUUGUGUUUUGUCCGUGAAUGUGUUAAAUGAAAAUGAGUGUUGAAGAAAAAUUGGAAAAACCUGUAGAAUUGGACGAUGUUUUGCACAAGUUUUCCGUGACUCAGAAAUACUAUGUUGGUUUUGGUAUACUACUUUCUAUAGCGUUUGCUACAAAUUCCUUCACGUGUACUCACUUCGUGUUUGCUGCCGACUAUGUUCAGUACAAAUGCCAUAAUUCAAUCGGACAAUGCAAUAAGAAUUCGCCAGCCAACGUGACUUUUGACCAUCAAUUUGACCAGCAGUGCUACGCGAGGGUGCCACUAGACGAGGCUGCUACUUGCUUCGAGGUGAACCAAUCCAAGCUCGUGCCCUGCAAUGACUGGGUCUAUGAGAACCCUGACAGCUUUGUGGGAGAGUUCCAGUUGGCAUGUCAGGAGUGGAAGCGGACACUGGUGGGCACGAUGCACAGCUUCGGUUACAUGCUGGGACUGCUCAUCGUCGGACCCAUAUCUGACAGGAUAGGCAGAAAGAAAGCCUUGAUCAUGACAGGCGUCCUAGGAGGAGUAUUGGGAUUGGCCAGAAGUUUCGCCACUAACUACUGGUUGUAUAUCGUUUUGGAAAUGGCCGAGGCUGCUAUAGGAGACAUUUGCUCUCCAGCUUUCAUGUUGGGUAUUGAAAUCGUCUCAGCAAGGGAUCGUGCAAAAUUCUUCAUGGUCACCCAACUAGGGUACCCAAUAGGAGGGCUUUCACUAGUUCUAUUCGCUUGGCUCUUCCCUUAUUUCAGAACCUUUUUAAGAGUCAUCUACGCCCCAUCGUUACUAUUCAUACUUUACGCUUACUUAAUAGAUGAGAGCCCAAGAUGGCUGCUAACAAAAGGCAGAAAAGAAGAAGCUGUGAAAAUACUAGAAAAUGCAGCAAAGACUAAUAAAAUAGUUCUGGAGAAAUCUCUACUUGAAAACUUAACGUGUGAAAAAGAAGACAAGUCAGCAGAAAUUGGAUAUGUAGCGUUGCUUAAAAGCACAUUUGCGUCAAGAGUGUUGCUGCAAAGAUUCUUGAUUUGCGUAGUAUGGUGGUCAACCUGCACAUUUGUAUCGUAUGGGCUGGCGAUAAAUUCUGUAUUAUGGGGUGGGAAUAAAUAUAUGAACUAUGCAUUCAUGACAAUGAUUGACAUACCAGCAUCCUUCGUGAUGGGAUUCGUUUUGAUCAAAUUCAAAAGGAAGAAGCCAUUAAUUGUAGCAUUCUCUUGUGCCGGCCUGUUUUUAUUAAUGCAGCCAUUCUUGCCGUUAGAUAUGACUUGGCUGUCAAUUGUCUUUUUCUUAGUUGGGAAAUUCAUGACCUCGAUAUUUUUCAACAUAACCUACGUGUUCACAUCAGAAUUGUUUCCGACAUACACGAGGAACUCGAUGCAUGCUCUCUGUUCAUCUCUUGGAAGAAUUGGUUCAAUACUUGCGCCACAGACCCCACUUUUGAUGACCUACUGGGUAGGACUCCCUUCCAUCCUCUUCGGGUCAGCAUCACUGAUAGCGGCCAUCGUCACCUUGUUUGUCCCCGACACAGCUGACGACUCGUUACCUGACACUGUGCAUCAAGCUGAAUUUGUCGGAAUCAAAAUGGAUGAAAAGAAAAAGACGAUGAAGUCUUGAUCAUGAUGAUGAUAGAAGACUUUGAUAGUCGAAUGAUAGGACAUGAAAGUAUUUAAAGUAGAGAUAGUGUAAUAUUUCGAGUACAUACACUCACGAGCAAUGAAAUAAUUCCAGUGACACUAAUUAUAGCUCCAAAUUACUCGUAAAUUUAAAAGGCUAGCUUAACGACGCCGUCUGCAAUAUUGAACAACAUAUAACAGCGCAUCAUAAUUUACCUACCAAGAAAAACUUAAAUUUUGAUCAAAUUCAAAAUGAAAUGUUUUAAAAAAUUGGGGUCAUUUUCCAAGUGGAUUUCUUUCAUAGCUCGUGAGUACCUACCUUUGUAUGUUCAACUAGCUGCCGUGCCGCGAGCUUCGCUUCGUCAAAUGUUUUCCUAACCCUGAAGUGAAUUUCUUUCAUCCCGUCUUUGAAAAAACUGUGUCUACUUUAAAUUAUGAAAGUUAGACGUUUUUUUUAUUUAUACAUUACCAACAAAAGAACUAUAGAAUCUCCGUCCGUGUUAAUUAAUUUUUAUCAUUUAUUUUAAUAAAAUUUCUUAGGAAUCUAUAACAUCUGCAUAGUAAUACGAAUACAUAGUUACAUUUACGUUAAGUUACAUUAUAGUGUUAUACUAAUUUAGUAAAGCGCCAUAUUAGUGAUAUUUGGUAUUUAAAUUGAACUAGUUAAAUAAUUAAAUGUUUUAAUGCUAUAUUUAA